CAUUGAUUUGGUCAGUGUCUAUUUGGUUUUCGUCAGCUGCUGCAGCUCUCCCCCAACUAUAAUGGAAAGGUUUUCGAAGGAAAUAACAUUAGAAAAAAGAAAUAAACACAUUGGAGAUGCAUGUACACUGUUUUUCAAACAUGAUCCAUUGAAGAUCACGAAAGCUUCCAAACAGUAUAUGUAUGAUGAGAAAGACAAUGCGUAUCUGGACUGUAUAAAUAAUGUCUGUCAUGUUGGCCAUUGCCAUCCAUAUGUGGUAGAGGCCGGAUAUGAACAAAUGAAGACAUUGAAUACCAACUCCAGAUUUCUUCAUGAUAAUCUGGUAAUGCUAGCAGAAAGACUUACUUCCACACUGCCAGAAGGCUUAAAUACUGUGUAUUUUACAAACUCAGGAUCUGAAGCCACUGAUCUUGCCAUAAGACUUGCCAAUCAUCACACACAUGGUUCAGAACAGAUUACACUAGACCAUGCAUACCAUGGACAUGUGAUUUCAGCAUUAGAUAUAUCACCAUAUAAACUGGGAACGUGUACUGAUGGUAUUCAUACACACUCAAAAAAUAUCCACAUUGUUCCCUGUCCAGAUAUCUACAGAGGGAAGUAUAGAGACUGUGACUACCCUGAGGACAAUAUGGGACACCUGUAUGCUAAUGAGGUCAAGGCUGUGAUUGAUAAACUCAAGAAAGAGAAGAAACAGGUUUCAAUGUUUAUAGCAGAAUCGAUGCAGAGCUGUGCUGGGCAGGUGAUUUUUCCAGAAGGAUAUCUACAGAAAGUUUACAAGUAUGUCCAUGAUGCAGGAGGAAUAUGUAUAGCUGAUGAGGUCCAGGUGGGCUUUGGAAGGGCUGGCUCACAUUUCUGGACCUUCCAAACACAAGAUGUUAUACCAGACAUAGUAACUAUCGGUAAACCUAUGGGAAAUGGACAUCCUGUUGCUGCUGUAAUCACAACAAAAGAUAUAUCAAUGAGUUUUAAAAAUUCUGGCAUGGAAUAUUUUAAUACUUAUGGAGGUAAUCCAGUAUCCUGUGCUAUAGCUUUAGCUGUGAUGGAUGUUAUAGAGGAAGAGAAGCUACAAGAGAAUGCUUUGACCACAGGAAAAUACUGGGUGGCACAGCUCGAUGAAAUAAAGAAACAGUUCCCUAUUAUUGGGGAUGUUAGGGGUCUAGGACUGUUUAUAGGAAUAGAUCUAGUCAAGGACAGAGAAACCAGAGAACCAGCAUCAGCUGAAGCUAAGCAUGUCAUUGCGAGAAUGAAGGAAGAGUUUAUUAUAUUAAGUACGGAUGGUCCUCAUUGUAACAUAAUAAAGAUGAAACCGCCAAUGUGCUUCACUAAGGAAAAUGUAGAUCUGGUCUGUCAGAAACUUGUCAUGGUUCUCAAAGAAAUUCAAGACAAAAAUAUAAACAGCAAUGCAAAUAUGAAGAAUUCUGUGAUUAGUGGGAAAAAGGAAAGACUUUCUGAUAGUGAUGAUAGCGGUGUAUCGGUGGAUGGACAUCAUGGUUUUGUCAAUGGACAGGAAUAUGUAGCUGUUCAUACUGGAGAAAGUGAUUCUGUGACUGUUGUUGAAUAACUUGUUUAAUGCUGAAAUAAUUUAACUAUUUUGUUCCUGGAAGAUGAUUUUCCUGGCAUACAUUGUUUUGUUGUUUUAAAAACAUUUUGUUUACUUGUUUUAAUAAACUGUACAUGUUAUGAUCUAUUUUUAUAUACUGAACAUAUUUUUAUUAUUUCUGGUUGUAAUAGUCUAGUUGAAUCUAGGAAAAAACCCAAGUAUAUCUACAGUAGCAAUAUUUCAGUUUUUAUUUUGAUUUAAUGUUGUUUCUUUUAAAAAAAGAAUUAAAUUUUUGAUCCAAACAGUUAAGAAUCUUUUAUUUCAUUUUUGAUAUUUUGUUUUAGUAACCAUUUUUGUUCAGUAUACACUUGUAAAUAGUUGAUGAUUAUUUUACUAGUCUGUUUAACUAGUCUGUUUUUAUUCUAGUUUUAGGGAGUAAAGUCCCUUCACAAUACCAUAUAUAUUGUAUCCCUUAAGAAGUCAUAUAGAAUCGAUAAUACAUUUCAUAAAGUGUCUGGUCUUCCAAGUUCAGGUGCAUCAUCUCAGGUAUUUACAAAACCAAUUCAUUAUUCCCCUCAUUAGAUAUGUGUAGAUAGAAAGUCCAGUAUUGAUAGAGCUAUUGUAGAUUUACAAAUUUUAAUAUAUAUUUCAAAAUUUGAAAAGAAAUAGUUUUUUGCUUAUAUUUUUUUUUUCAAUUUGAGAGUGUGAUUUCACAGGAUGUUAUGAGUUCACGGAAGUUCUAUUGGAUCUUGUAUAAAUGAAAACUACACAUAAUUAUUUUAGAAACCUUAUGUCUUCUUCAACAAACACAUUUGAAAUGUUCACCAAAAAGUUAUGAACUACUAAAGACUUUUUAAGUUGGAUCCUUGUAAAAUCUUUGACAUUUGUGGUUUCAGAGUCAUGCCUGAAGAAUAUGUAAAUAACUACAGUAAACUAUGCUUCAACAAAAUCAUCAAUCCAUCUAGAGGAUUUAAGGGGUUUACUUUGGCAUGACAAGGAAAACUAAACCUCUUUAUUAGAACUUAUUGAAACUUUCUCAAAAUCUUUAUAUCAUGUAUUAUGUCAUUACACAUAUUCUAUUGUUUUCAUUCAAAUUAUUAUUGGGGUUUCCCUAAGUAUUGACUUUUCCGUUAUCAUUUUGUGAGUUUUUCUCACAUGACCUCUAUUUAUUUAUUAACUCAUCUAAUGAUCUUUAAGAAAUAGUAUUAGGACAAUAUUUUAUGGAAGAGAAAAUGUAAAAUUAUGUUAUCUUUGGAUGGAAUGAUUUAUUUUUAAGAGAAUAUUGUAUACUUGUUUUAGGUGAAUAUUAUAUAAAGAACUGUGAUUGUUUUACAACAUGUUUUUAUGCAUCUUUCAUAGUCAAUUGGGAAAGAUUAGUUUUGCUUUGGUUCAUUUAUUUUUAUUUAUUGCUAAUGAUUUGAUAAUGACAAAGUCAAAACUCUUGAAAUUAACUUUAUUAUGCUAUUAACUUUAAACACUAAGAGAGUCUUGUGUGCCUUAACCUAAUUCUUUAAGAUAUUCUGUUUAUAUAUAUAUAUAUAUAUAUAUCUGUCAUUGAGUUAUGUCCCUUUGUAAAAAGUUUGAGGGACCAUUCAGUGAUUUUAUUUUUUCAUUAUUUCUGACAUGUUUACUGUACAAAAAUUAUAUUGUCCAAGUUAAAAGCAUUAGAACAUUUGCUUGUUUUUAAUUUUGUUGAGUUUUUUCUGCUGUUUUAUGCAUGUUCAGAUAUUUUAUAUUGACUGUGACAGAGAUUAUUUAUGUCCUAUGGACACAUUUUUCUGCAGUAACUUUUUUCAGAAACAAAAGAGUAAGUGAUUGUUAAUUAUUUGUUGUUUUCAAUCAUUUACAAUAUUUGAAAACUAAAUUACAGGCCUGCUAAUCUUUGAAUAUUCAAAUAAGAUAUUUUUUUUAAUAUUUCUUCUGUUAUCCAUGUAUAUUUAUACUUGUUAAAUUAUAAAGUUUAUUUGUAUUGCAUAAAAGGUUUGGUUGAAAUAAAUUUAAUGUUGGUAUAUUGUAUCCUAAAAUUUCAUUAUUUUUUCAACAGAUGUUUUUAUCUAGAACUUUUGCUUCUUUUAAUACAAAUUUGUAAAAAAAAAGGAAGAAAAAAAACAUGAAUUACAUACAUUUUGAGUAGCUAGGAUUACUUUAUAUGAGAAUCUGCAUUUAAGUAGCUAAGAUUACAUAACAAGAGAAUCUGCAUUUAAGUAGCUAAGAUUACAUUACUUGAGAAUCUGCAUUGAAGUAGCUAAGAUUACAUAACAAGAGAAUCUGCAUUUAAGUAGCUAAGAUUACAUUACUUGAGAAUCUGCAUUUAAGGAGUUAAGAUUACAUAACAAGAGAAUCUGCAUUUAAGUAGCUAAGAUUACAUAACAAGAUAAUCUACAUUUAAGUAGCUAAGAUUACUUUACAAGAGAAUCUGCAUUUAAAAUGUUUUAAAUUGUCUUAUCCUUAUUUUACUUUACGUUACUUCAUCCCCAAUUACUAUCUUCAAGGUUGUUUAAAAAAUUGAUAUUCGUCUAGGAACUAUAAAUGUAUUACCUUAUAUUAAUGUGAUAAAAUGCCUAUUAAUAAAAGGAUUUUUUUUACAAA